AGCAGUGCGCAGACUCGUGCCUCGAGGCUCUGCUUUUGUGUUUUAGUUGCACCGGAGCUCGGGUUGCCUCCGUCGGUCGACCGUGAGGUUGCAGCUGCAGUUGCUGCCGUCACGGCUCGCUGAUUGGCUGCUCGCUCAGUUCCUCCUGAGGAAAUCACUCCUUUUAUAGUUAACGGAGUGCCGCGCGGUUGUUUUCCGGGUUCACACUCGCGCAGCAUGUAGAGAAGGCGGACCGCCGGGAGACACCUGGACCACCGCGGACACACCGGAGCCCGGACGCACGGCAUCGAUCCGCAGCUAUCGAUCAGCUAUCAGUGAAGCAUGGGGAACCUGAUCAAGGUAUUAACCAGAGACAUCGACAACAACGGUGGAAACUUCUUCCUGGACUUUGAGAACGCUCAGCCCUCACAGUCGGAGACGGACGUGUGGGAGAAGGUGAACCAGGUACUGACGGAGGCUCAGGUCAUCCUGGAGGACCUGCAGUCGUACAAAGGGGCAGGAGAGGAGAUACGACAGGCGAUCCAGAAUCCCAGUGUGGAGGGCGUGCAGGAGAAGGCCUGGUCUGCUGUCGUUCCUCUGGUUAUAAAACUCAAAACCUUCUAUGAGUUCUCCCAGAAGCUCGAGACCAGCCUGCAGUGUCUCCUGGACGUCCUCACCAGCUCCAGCUCCACUCCCACUCAGCACCUGGAGCAGAAGCAGGCUCUGGCCCGGCAGUUCGCCCACAUCCUGCACUUCACGCUACGCUUCGACGAGCUCAAGAUGACCAACCCCGCCAUCCAGAAUGACUUCAGCUACUACCGUCGCACCAUCAGCCGCAUGCGAAUCAACAACCUGUCUUCUGAAGCAGGCAGUGAAGUCAACAACGAGCUGGCCAAUCGGAUGUCUCUGUUUUACGCCAGCGCCACGCCGAUGCUGAAGACGCUAAGCGACGCCACGUCGAAGUUUGUCUCAGAUCAUCCAGAGGUGCCGAUCGAAAACACGACAGACUGCCUGAGCACGAUGGCCAGCGUGUGUAAAGUGAUGCUGGACACACCGGAGUAUCGCAGUCGCUUUGCGAGCGAGGAGACCGUGUUAUUCUGCCUCCGCGUGAUGGUCGGCGUCAUCAUCCUGUACGACCACGUUCACCCAGCUGGAGCCUUCGUUAAGACCUCCAAUAUAGAUAUGAAAGGGUGCAUCCGAGUGCUGAAGGAGCAGCCGCCCAGCAGCGUGGAGGGUUUACUGAACGCUCUCAGGUACACGACCAAACAUCUGAACGAUGAGACUACCUCCAAGCAGAUCAAAAACAUGCUGCAGCAAAAUUAACCCGACAUGAAACUGGAAGGCUGCAGGGAGGUCACAGUGUUUGGUCCGAAUUUCAAAAGAACUACUGAACAAACCUUUAUCUAAUAUUUCUGUGAUUAUUGUUUUAAACUGUCAUUUUGAAAAAAAGCUGUUUUUGUUGUUAAGAAUUUUUUUUAAAAAAAAGGGAAAAAAGGACAUAAACCAAGAACAAUUGGUUAAAUAUGAACUCGACUCGCAUUCACGUCAUGUGUGGUUUACAGGCCACCUGGUGGGCAUUAGCAGUAGUACAGCUGACUUAAUGUCUUAAAUCUCUUUUGCUGGUUAUUGCAAAUUUACAGAAAGUCACACAUGCAGAAAACAUAUCGGCGCCCUCUGGUGGAGGCGUUUGUUCCAGCCUAAAAGCAUCCUGAUGAUGAUGUCGCAUCCACACCUCUGUCAUUAGCAAAGUUUACAAAGAAGCUAGGAAAGUAAGAAAAGCCAGUGAACAGAGUGUCACUCUGGCCUUUUAGACUUCACGUUGUAAAUGCAGGAAACAGAAGUAAACAGGAAAGUUCACCAGUGGCGAUGAUGAUGAUGAUGGACAGCCAUGUGGGUAAAAUUUCAGACGCAUGGAAAACCUGGAGGUCUGCCUGCAGCUGAUUGGGUCUCAUUCAUAAAACAGAAACAAUCAAAAGUGAGGUCGCAGCAGUUUGAUGUCAGAGGGCUUAACAAAGUCGACCACACGACUAAAAUCUCCAAGCCUGCGGAGCGAGCGCUCAGCAGGUCGUCUGUAACGCUCAGUGACGUGAAUGCGAGUCGGUCGCCUUCAAAGCAGCACAGAUCAGUCAGCGUCCAUCUGUUUAAGUGUUUUGGUGGUUCAAUCACCACUUUGGCCUCUUUUCCAUCACAAUUUUUUUUAAGAACCCAAGACAGCUUUUAUCUGAUCGAACUCCUCGGCUGUCGUUCCUCAAAGAAAAAAAAACCCUCUGUGGUUAUUUUGAGGAUCUAUUUUCUCCACCAGUCCUCUCACACCAGCGGAACAAGAUCCAAACAUUAUGGAAACCAUCUGAAACUCCUGGAGAGGCAGAUUUUAUUGUCCUCUUCUGAGAAUGUUUUUCCCCCUCACAUUUAUAAAAUGAGCAUUAGUAUGUUUUUAGGGUCUUGAACCGCUGCUGCUGUUGUUUCCAAAAUCUUUAUCAAACCAAACCAACAGGCAGGAAAACCAACCCGUCACCACGGCCGUGUGUGGAGUCCUGCUCUGCACAACUCACACUUUUAUUUCUUAACUUUAAUGAAAUGUAGUUUGUUGAUGUCUGCAGUGAGGUGAGGUCAGCGGUGCAAAACGUCACAGCCAAAACUGGUUUAGCCAUCUCAAACAUUACAGAAGAGUUUCAUCGAGCUGAGAUGUUUCAGCCUGAUGGAAAAUCUGAGGCCUUUUCAGUGUUCUCGUUUUCUUGUUUUAUGACUGUGCUGAGUUGUUCUAAUUAUUUGAUGGUACGUUGAAGUUUCUUUGGUGGAAAAGCUUUAAUUCCUCAUUUGGUCCCCUGGUUUAACCAAACACACCGUUUCAAAUAGUUCUCUGUGGUUUCAUGUAUGUUCUUUACACUCAGCUCAAUUUAUCUUUCAUUUGUUAAGCUUAGACUGAAACAUUGUUGAGGUUUGAAAUCCUCUAACACAAAACUGUCGGGGGGAGGGGAGGGGCUGAGAGCGGGUAUCGGCCAACCAAAGAACCACUGUGAUGAUGAUGAUGAGGAGGAUGAGGUACGAGGGAAACCGAGGAGGACUUUACUUUGGGCCGGCUGACUGGAAACUUUGAGCUUCUUGUUUUGCUUUGUAUGUUAGCGCUGCCGUUUCAGGGACUGUAUGGCAUUAAGUGUUUGAAAUGAUGUCUGUGUUGGCAAAAUAAACUUUUUACAUUUUUAAGAA